AGGCGCGGCGCCGGCGCUGUGCGCCGCCGCCCCGCCGGGCUGCGCGCAGGGGGGCGGCGCUGCCCCGCCGGGGCCGCCCGUCCUCUCCGUGGAGGAGGGGGCGCUGCUCGCGGCCGAGGAGGAGUUAGAGGAGCUGCUCGCGAGCUGCCCCGUGCUGCUGUUCAUGAAGGGCUCUCCGGACAGGCCGCGCUGCGGCUUCUCCCGCGCGGCGGUGCUGGCGCUGCGGGGCCUCGGUGUCGCCUUCGACCACGUGGACGUGCUGGAGCGCCCGGCGCUCCGCCAGGCGCUGCGGCGGCGUUGGCCGACGUUCCCGCAGCUCUACUCGCAGGGGCUGCUCCUCGGCGGCGCCGACGCGGUGUCCGGCCUGGCAGCCCGCGGGGAACUCCUCGACGCCCUGCGGAGUUCCACCGCGCGCGAGCGGGCGGCGCUGCGCCUGCUGCUGCCGCCGGGCGGGGCCGAGGGCGGCGGCUGCGGGGCGGCCCACGUUGGCGCCGCGGAGCCGGCGGAGCAAAAAGGUCCGCCCGCCGUGGUGGCGACCUUCGAUCGCCAAGAGUCGAAGAAGAAAAAACGGCAUACAGAUCGCCUCGCUCCUCGGCCGAUCGGGGGCCUGCCGCGCGGCUCCGUUCGAGCCGUGUCGGGCAGCGGCGCCACGCAGUGAAGUUGCAAGCGCGCGCCCGCUCGUGGGGGCUCGCAGAG